UGACGGACCGUUGAAGUGGUGAGACGCACGGCGCUCGCUCUGCCUCCAUCACUGGACCCUUACUAUAUCUCUUCGGAUAUUCGUUAUUUCACUUUGUUUUUGCGAUGGCGGAUCAUAUUAAGAAGCUUAAACGGUGAAGUAACAAGGCAAGUUUAACUUGCAUUGUUUUCUAUGUGUUUUGAGAACUAUUUGACACUUAGAAAACAAACUUAACUAGAAAAGUGAUCUGGAUCGUGCUGGAAACUGAUGGUUUUUAACCUUGAAAAUUAUAGUUUUAAUUUUUGUUGUUGUAAACUGUUAAUUAUUGCCUGAACGAUACAUGUUUCCUGUCAAGUGAGACCGGAAGUAAAUAUGGAAUAACAAAUGUGUUAAACGAGAAAAUAUAUCAGAGAGCAAAGUUGUGUUUGUGCUGCGUGAUGACAAGACCAGCUGUCCUGGAGGCUGUGCUGCUGCUGCUGCUGCUGCUGCUGUGGGUGACAGGGCCAGCGGCGGCCUCGGAGGAGGUGGCCAUCACCAAGCUGGAGGUGCCAGAGUACGCGCUCCUGGGAGACAAUGUGGAGCUGGUGUGCCACUGGUCGGUGCCCAGGGAGAUGAAGCUCUACUCCGUCAAGUGGUACUUCAACGACCGCGAGUUCUUCAGAUACAAGCCAGAGGAAAAUCCAAUCCUUUAUCUGCAUCCUAUUGCUGGGAUCCGAGUUGAUAAGGAACUGUCUAGGCCUACCGGAGAGCGAGUGAUCCUGUCUAGUGUGGACGUUAACACUUCGGGUCAGUACAAGUGUGAGGUGAUCGCUGAGUGGCCCAACUUCUUCACUACUGACAGGAGUGCUCCUAUGACUGUCCUCGAGAUACCGGAGGAGAAGCCGGUCAUCUAUGGCACGAAACACCAGUACCACGUUGGCGACACAGCUAACCUGACCUGUAUAUCAGCCAGGUCACGACCUCCGGCCCAACUGACCUGGUUCAUCAAUGACGAGGAGGCACCCAUACAGUACCUAGUACCCAUGACCAGUAGCCAGUACCCCGGAGGACUGGUGGAGACGCGUCUGGGGCUCCACUUCCGGGUCACGCGUCAACACUUCCUGGGAGGAGAGAUGACGGUCCGAUGCAGUGCCAAGAUCUCCAGCCUCUACUACAAGACCCAACAACACAGUGUCGACGGCCACAUGACCUACAGCGUCCCCGUCAUGGAGUCCAGAGACGUCUCCGCCGUCUCCGGUUGUGGCCCAAGAGCUGGAGGAGCGAGAGCGGUGAUGGUGAUGGUGGUGGUGGCAGCGUUGGAGAGGUGGUCUUGGUGAUGGAGCGAUGGUGAGGGAGCACACAGUCACCGUGGAUUAGUCACUGUGUAAAAUUUGAUUUCAAAGAACCGUUAACCGGUUUCAGAACUCUGCAAAAUGGCCAAGUUCACCCUGGCUUAUAUCAUGGCCGUAGGCCUACUCGCAUGUUGUCUCCGCGGAGACCUAUAAUAUAUAAAUGUCUCAAUACUUUCCUCCAAUAAGCUGUUCAAUUUUUGAGUCAAUGGAGAAACAUUUUCUCACACAUGUUUGGCCAAGAUUUAUAUGCCAGUCACUCAUUGGCUACCUCUACCCGCACCUUUAUGUAAAUAACCAAUCACCAUUGAGAUCGCUAUCCUUUUUUAGCGCGCGGCAAAUGACUCGGCCAAUGAGCUUCGGGCACCAGGAUAUGAACGGGCCAAUCACUGCCGUUCGAUGAAACUUUCCUAAAAUAAUAGAAUUUUAAUUGACUUAAAACCUAAUAAUGUCUAUUAGACUACACUAUAUAUUCGUUAUUGACUUUUUUAAUGUAAAUAUUCUUAAAUUAAUACCACCUGCCAAUUCAGCAUCAGAAAAUGCUUCAAGAAAAAUUUAACAUAAAAAUACCAUUGCUUCCUUUACGUAAUAUAUAAAGCAUCGCUUUGUGAUGAAUACUGAAGAAAAGCCUCUAAUUAUUGUUAUUUUUUUCUGAAAUGUGUGAAAAAUUUGCGUUUUUUUAAUGUAUUAAUAAAUUAUUUUGUACAUGAUUUUUAGUACAGGCGUGAUAAGGUAUUAUGGAUUUAUAUUUCUAAGUGUGGUUUAAGAAUAAUUUUUUUAACUCAUAUUUCAUUCUAGAAUCUUCUAGAUUGUGUUAAUAUUGAACAUGAUGACUGUGAGGGAGAAAUUUCUCUCUCUCAGAAAGUUUAGUAAGUUGAAAUAUAUUUAUAUAAUUUUUAUGUGAAAAAAUUAAGUGAUUGUAAUGAAAUUGUUGUGUAUAUUGUAAUUAUUAUGUAAUUAUGAAAUUCUUCAACGAUACUCGCACACAAUUCUAGUCUAGCUAGUUUAGAAACUUUAUCGACAUUUUUCUAAUAUAUUAUAUAUACACACAUAUAUAGCUACUGUGCAUAAAUAAUUGAAUAUAUUGCUAUAUAUCUCAAGAUCUUACUAGCUUGGAGUCAUCAGUUAACCUAAAUAGCAUAAAAGAUAAUGUGUAAUAAUCAGUUUAUAUAAUAUAAAUUAAACCUAAUUCUUUACUUGUUCCUAGGGGAAAUUUUUUUUCAAUUUCUUGAUAAUUAAUACGUCCUUAAAACUUAUGUCUUAUCCAAAGCAUUUCAAUAUUUACAUAGUGAAAUUGCAUUUUAUUAACUAUAUACUUCCACAUCUAGAUUAAGAAAUAGUAACCCAUGUAAAUAAUUAUCUUGUUUAUUCAUGCUCAUUAAAGUGUGAUUAUAUGCAAAAUUAUACAUU